CACUAUCCACGGCGCUUGCACAGUAUGUGCGUAUGCCCAAUAGCCCUUUACCCAUGAAUGCGUACGCACAUCACCUUGGUGCAUACGCACGAAUUUGAAAUCCCCCCCAGCGUCCUUCCUGUUCUCUUCAUACUCGAUACCCUCUUCUUCCCUUCCCACUGUCUCAGCCUCCAGUCUGAACCAUCGCGAUGUCUUCCUCAGCCACACCGCGCUCUGCAACCGCGACCUCCACCUUCUCCUCCCUCUCUCUCAUUGCUCGGACCACCGUACUGUUGGCGAGCCACAGCGACACCAACGACGAGUCUCCGCAUCCCUUUCUUCUCUCAUUCUCUUCUUCUUACUUCCGCCGUACCUCUCUUUCCCCUGUUCUCCAUCCCUUACAGCGAGCUUUCUGUCACCGGCUACCUUCUCAUCCCUCUCUUCACAGAAUCCCCAGCGUCACAACUCACCACCACCCUUUCCUCUUCCACUCGCAAGCUCCACAAACACCCGUUGCUCCAAUUCCUCUUCAUUGCCUGGAACAGCCAGAACAGGGUGCAGCCCCUGUGUCUUCCAACCCUCCGUCUUUCCCUGUUUCAUUGCUGCGUUCACUCUCCGCCACUGCCAUUGAAGUAGCGCCACUGCCAGGCUGCCGUUUCUGCCCCGGCCAAUUCAGCCACCACUAUCCCUUUCCCUUCUGCUCUGUUCAUUUUUUGUUUCCCAGGGAUGAUUUUUGCUCAAUGUAUGAAUUCAAGUUGUUAUUGCUGCUCUAUACUUGCUGUCGAUGCUGAAUUUCGUCUCUGCUAAUCUGGAUCAUUCCUUGCUGCUGUGAUCUUAUUUAUUGCUACUGUUUUGAAUGAAUAUUUUCUGAAUUUUAAUCCUUCUUUUGAUAUAUGGAUAAGUUCAAAAUAUUGCUUGUGCAGUGAGGAUGAUUUUUAAUAAUUUUCUGGAAUUGAUUUGACCUUGUUGCUGCAAUUUUUGUUCGCUGCUGAUGUUGCGCAAUCAAUGUUGCUUAACUAUUUUUGAUAUCCAUCUUUAAUGCACUUGAUUAGUCGAGUUGGCACUUCAUUGCUGUUGGUUUCAACUUUUGUUAACUCCACUGAUUUGGUCGCUGAAGUCUGAGUUUUCUCUGCAUUCACUAUUCUGCUGCAUUCUUGUAACAAUUGAUCAAAUUUCGGAUGUGUUUGUGCAAUGGUGAUUUGUGCUCAAUAUCUGCAUUAAAACUGUUAUUGCUGCUGUGUUUAUGCUUCAGUUUACACUUAAUCACUUGACCCAACAUGCUUAUUUGUUUAAAUUCAUGUUGAAUGCUUGUGAUUGGUUGUUGAAUUGAACAAAAAGAGUACUACUGAAUUGUUCUUUGUUGAUCUGUUGUGGUGCUGAAUUUUUAACCAUUACUUUUGCUCAUGGUUAAAAGAAUGUUUUUUGAUGCCGUUGGUUUGGUUUUCAUUAUUUGUUCAUGAUUUAUUACUGGAUAAUUGGCUUAUUUGUUUGGUUCAUAUGAAUUCAGAUAUGAUUUUUGUGUUUUUACUAGUUAAUGAAUUCAUAUGGCAUCUGAACUGAUUGGUUGAAUUUCGGAAAUAGUCUAAUUUACUGCUGAAAUGCUGCAUGAUUUUUCCUAACCUUAUUUCAUUAAAUGACAUUGUUUUAUUUAGCGCAACAAGAUUCUAUUUGACGAAUUUCUAUGUUAAUGGAAUCUUGUUUCCUAAAUGGGUUUGGAAAUUUCCUCUUGAGCUUCAUUACGAGUUUUGGUCAAUUCUUUAACUUCAUUGCUUAAUUUGUGUGUUCUUCUUGAGCAUUGAAUAUGCCUUAAAUGAGUUUUAAAUUGACCAUAAACUUGAAACUCUUUUGAGAUUUUGAGCCUCUUUUGCAUAAACUCACAAGUUUCAAGGUUUUUAGUCUAUAUGGCUAAUUUGAUUCAUUCUAUUCAUGCCUAACUUACAUUAAGUCACAUAGAUCUUGAGGUUUUCAAUUCUUGUUUCAACUUGUGACUUUUAUGCUUCCUUGGAAUUUGGUGUUUGAAUGUUCCUUGAGUAAUUUAUUCUCAAUAGUUUUAACUUGCCAACACCAAAUUGUUUUAAUUUAUGCCAAUUACUUGUGAUUGAUAUUUACUUUAUUAUGUGCUCUACACAUACAUGUGCAUCACUUGUUUUGGCAUUUUGAAUUGUUGAAAAGUUGAACAUGAACUUGCUUGUUUUGGAACUUUGGAAACUUUCAGAAUUUAGGGACGUUUUUGCUAUGCCCAUAACUUUUGCGCCAACGUUUGCCUCAAACGUUGGGCCAAACGUCGGCCAAAAAGGGAGCUUGGGAAGACCCACGUUUGAGCUCACGUUUGACCUCAAACGUUGGCUCAAACGUGGAUGACAGCAAAUGGGCAUCUGCAUAAUGCCUCACACAAGAGACGUUUGAG